GUCGCAGAUUGCCGUUGGGCCACUUUAACAGGGGUACUAUAUCCCAAUGAGGACAUGGACAGCUCUAGGUUUUCCCUUCCAGAGUAGUUCAGAUAAAAGAUCCUUUUACAUCUACCCCGCACUGCGAGAGUGAGCAAGGCAUCCAUGUUACAAUGGCAGCGGAAUCCACGUCGGGACUGCAUCUCUAUUCACUACCUAACGAGGUAUUUGUUCAAAUUCUAUACCCGUUCAGUACCCGCGAGCUCCUCCAUCUAGCAACGGUCUCCCAACGCUUUUACGCCCUAGUUUUACGUCUCCUGCACUACCGGCUUCUUCUUUCAGCACAGUUGACCGACUAUAAACUGAUUUUAGAAUGUUUUCACCCGACAUCUAAACUGACAGAGCCCCACGUCUUCUGUAAAUAUCUCGGCACGCCAUGCCUUAGUGAUAAGUACGAGGGAGAGGGCUCGCUUUAUGAGAACAUCGACACAGCUCAGCAACUUGGAAGACUUGGAACUCUCUACUCAAUCUUCAAGCCAGUAGAGACAGAAGAAGAGACAGAAGAGGGCUCAGCUGCGGUGGCAUUGGAUCCGGACUCACUCGCAGUACGACGACCUAUCAGCAUCGAAAGCUUUGAAGAUUUCUCACAGUUAUGCGUUGUAGUGAAUGUGGUGAAGGUUCUGCCAGGAACGGAUGUUCUCCUGAGCGCCGUCAAUGUUGAGGACGGCGUGAUUAGGCUGUUCCGAGACUGGCUAAAGGGUCAGAGCAAUCGUCUGCCAGACCUACAACCUCACACAUCCUCCGAGAGUCAAGGUGAAGUUCUGUGGGUGGACCAAAACAGGAACGUCGGCCUGAAAUUUCGGGUCAGCGACGUGACCAAACUAGAUUCCAACUUCCCUGUGCUCGUCCAUCGUGACGACGAGACCUUUUCAAGCUAUGAAAUUGUGAUCGAUGAGCUUCAUAUUCGCACCACUCGUCUGCUCUUGACAGUAGAACAGUCGCUUCAGGAGCAACAGAGUUACCCUAAGGCUGUUAUCUUCACGAGUAUGGGCUAAAUCUUUGGCGAUUGCUCGUAGAUAUAGAGCUUGUUGUUUGAGGAUUCUUCUAUAGAGGUAAGAUAUAGUCUGAUAUGCUAGUAGAAUAUAUUCCACUUCAAU